GGUAUUUUUACUGUUAUGAAGAAAACCAACAUGGCGGGAAAUGCAGUUUCGAUAAUGUAAAUACAGCUCUGAAAAUAGAGAUAUUUGUUAAAACAUUGACCAGUGACCAUGGGAGGUGACCGAUCAAGAACAUCAAGCAAGAGAAAAGGAUCCGACCACAGGGAUGACCGCCAGAAGGGAGCCUUAGCUAAGAAGAGGAAAUCGUCAGAUGAGGAUGAGAAUUACACCAGUGAUUCUGUGUUUCGUCAGCUACUUGCCAAAUGUGGGCUGACACUGAAGAAAGGAGGAAAGUUCAACACAUUAAAUGUAGAUCAAGCUGUAUUCCAACGAAACUUACACUUGGCUUUGAAACGUCAUGACAAUUAUCCAGGGGUUGUUGACGAGUUUGCUGAGGGUUUCCAGGAGUUCAUUGAAGAUCAGUCCAGGUUCCAUUACAGUCUCCUUCCCACCAGCACUACAUCAGACUGUGACUCGGCACGGAGCGGGAGUCAGGACUGUGUUAUACGUCUCGUGUUGGGUGUGGAUAUGCUGCAGCCAAAACUGAUGAAUACUUUACUGGAGAAGUUGGCAGAGUUCAUGGAAGAUGAAGAAUCUAUAUUUGAUCAUGGAGAAAAGGUGAAUCUCCCUCGACUGUUAAUGAGCCAGUUUCGGUGGCUGGACAGUAUCGUCAAUGGAAAGGUUGUGACGGAUAAGAUGCUUGAGAUGAUUGGAAUUGUCUCCCUUGACAUACAACGUGAGAUAAUUACCUGUCUUCCCGAGGUUGUGGAAGACUCGGAGCAUGGAGAAGUGGCAAGAGCUCUCAGGGAGAUUUUACUUCAAAAUAACCAGUUAACUGUUCCAAUAUUGGAUGCCUUAUCCAAUCUUACACUGACCCAGGACCUGUUGUCUGAGGUGAGAGAAUCGGUGCUACAGACAUUGGCUUCGGUCAGGAUGGAAGAUUUACCAGUAGUUAUCAAGUUCCUUCUUCAGUCGGUCAACAGUCAAGAUGCUGUCGAGGUUGUUGAAGAAAUUCGCAGUAAUCUAGAUUUCAACUCGAGUUUUGCUCCCACCAUCUCCUCUACGCCCUUCACACAAGGAGGCAACAGGGGGUCGAAAUCAGAGAUCGAGGCCGCACGUGGAUCAGAGCUGUUGACGCUGGAUGCCAUCAAGUCAGGGAUACGUUUCCAGAAAUGUGUGGCGGAGGCGUGGAUUAAGGUGAUAGAUGGCGUAAAACAACCUGGCGACCACAAAGUUAUCGACAUUUUCAUCCUCCUCAUUCUACACUCGACCAAUCGUAAGAAACCUGUCGUGAGCCUGUUCCGUAACAAGAUUCGAUCCGGUGGCUUCACUGAGGUGCUGGUACAGGCAGCGUUUGGAUCCCACUCACAGGUGAUGCGUGACUACUUCCCAUCCAUCCUGUCACUAGCUGAGGUUCUGCUGCGGUCCCCGGAACCGGCAGUCGUCUAUCUUGCUUGUGCCAUUUAUAAGGGAGCAUUUACAUCAUUUGACUCCUUCUGUCAGCAGGAGAUUGUAGGGAAUUUGGUGACCCACAUUGGUAUUGGGUUUGAGGGAGAGAUUGACUCUUCCCUCGACAUCCUGGCCGAACUUGUCGACACUCAUCUCUCCAAGAUGGCACCUUUUGCGAUAUUUGUCAAGGGCGUUCUAGAUUACUUGGACAAUCUCUCCGUGAUGCAGAUUCGGAAAUUAUACUCCAUGCUAAGUAUGUUGGCGUUCAGGAAUCCUCAAGAAGGGGGCCUCAUACAGGAUGAUCUUCAUAUUCUCAUCAGGAAGCAACUUUCAAGUAACAGUCCAAAGUACAAGAGGAUGGGAGUGAUUGGGGCUAUUAUGAUCAUCAAGAGCAUUGCUUACAAGAGUACACCCCAGGUCCAGACUCAGCUUGAAAGUAUCCCUCUGACUGACGAUCUCUACAAACAAGUUGUCAGUCUGCUUCAGUUGGUCAAGACGUCCAGUAGUCGCACACCUGAGGUUGCAUCUCUGUUCAUGGACGAACUGGCAGCGGUCAUUCGCCGCGGACACAUUGACUCUAAAGUGGAGGCAUGGAUCAGUGAGAAUGUGAUUACAGACUUCCAGGACGAUUAUGUGGUGGACAUCGAGGAAAUACCUGAUAAAUCGAAGCAUGUUAUUCCGUUUGAGACGAAGUUCAGUCUUGAUGACGAUGUGGAGGGAUCCAUCGCCAUCAACAUCGUCCCGCUGGUGGAGUGGAGCAGUAAGGACAAGAAAAAACAACCGAAGAAAAAUGAAAACGGGAGAUCUCCCGACCCUGUCUGUCUGUCGCCUCACUUCCGUCUGCUCCAGAUCUGUGAAGAAAAACAACAAGGAGACCUUACUAACGUUGAUGCCCUUCUGGGAUGUCCACUAUUGCUGCCAACACCGGAAAUUUUUGAGAAAAUUUUGAGCCUCUCACGGAAGGAGAAGGAGAUUGUAUGUUCAUCUCUGUUUACCGGCCUCAACUGGUUCAGAGAAGUUGUGAAUGCCUUUGCCCCCCAGGAUGACCUUGAAAUGAAGGGCAAGGUCAUCACAAGAAUACAGAAUAUCACAGAACUACAGGGCUUACUUGAAAAAUGUUUGGCAGCCACACCAAAUUUCAAACCACCUCCUGCCAACUUUGACUGGUACGAGUGCCCAACUCCGGUCCUACAGCCCGUCAGUGGAGACAGUAAGGGCAAGAAAAAGGGCCGGAAAGGAGGCAAAAAGAAAAAGGCUGAUAAAGAGAAUUCGCCAGAUGAAGAGAGCGAUGAAAACAGCAAAGAUUCUACAGUUCUAGAUAAAACUACAGCUGAUACACAGGUGGACAAAGGGACGGAACCUUCAGACCAACCGGUGGUCAGCCUCAGCAGCUACAGACCAUUCUUCAGGGAGCUGGACAUCAGUGUUUUCACCAUCUUGCACAUAGGGACGGUAGUAGACAAAGCUCUGGACACUGACCUCAACACCAAGGCAACCACAGAGCUGUCAAUCCAGCCGAAACAGCUCGAGUUCCUACUGGAGGAUCUCGCCAGUAAACUGAGCCAUACCCUUAUUGCCUCCACAUCGACCCGACGGUCCUUCUUCAAGACGAAACCGGGAAAGAACAUAGGAUUUUCACAACUGGACCAGUAUUGUCCUAAGAAGAUCGCUGUAAAGGCCGUGAAGCUGUUACCUGCCCUUUGUAACCACCUAGAGGGCGCCAGUGGCUUUUUCCAGACCAUGAUCGCAGAGAAUGAUGGCGUGGUCGACGGGCCCGGAAGUAACAGUCCUGACGCUGUCCUGAUGGGCUCCUGUUUUCAUCUCCUGUUGCAGUCUCUUCUCACAAUAUUUUCAUGGAAUGGCUUCUUGAUGACUGAAAACAAAGCUCUUUUAAAGGAGGCCCUGGGAAUCCUGGUGGCUCGGAUAAAGUCAAUCACAGCCUCUCAGAUAGGUCUACAUGAUCUGGUCAAAACGUCCUACCAGUAUAUAGGAAAUUUUGCGAGUACAGUGCCAAAAUUGAACACAGCUGUUACAUUACUCAAGGUGCUCAUUUCUCUAGCGGACAAAGCCAACACUGACGACCUUCAAACCAAAAUAGUGACGCUGUCAGAGGAGUUCCUGAAACGAGAAUGGCUGGGAACAGACGGUGAGAAGGAGAAGGGAGCAAAACACAACGAGAAUCUGCAGUUUGUGAUCAGAACCUACCUUAGUUGUUCCGAAGAUUCUCUGUCAUCUGUGGAAACCAUAGCAACCAAAGGGAUUACGGAACUUCUCGAGACAGACAAAAAUGGCAGCUCUGAUCUUUACCCGACUUUGACCAAACACUCGUUUUCCGUGUACUACAGGAUGAUGUUCUGCGAACUGAUUGUCUGCCUGAAGAUAAUCGCACCUGUAAAACAGACAGAUACUAGAGAGAUGAAGCUUGACUGCCUGUUGAGAUGGAACCAAGCAGUUCGGAUAUUACACAUUAUGGUCAACCUCAUCAAAGCUUUUGAUGGAAGAAUCAACUUAGGAACAGUUCUCAAGUGUGGGCGACAGUUCCUGGAUAUUUUUCUCCGACAGGGAAUGCCGCUACUGGACAACUUAUUUAGGUCGCACCGGGAAGAUGUCCAGAGUCUUCUUAAAAACCUACAGCUUAGUACACGGGCACUUCAUCAUAUGUGUGGUCACUCAAAGAUUAUGAAGGACCUGGCAUUGACCAAUCAAGUGCCAUUCCUUAAGAAAAGUUUAGAAGCAUUUGUCUAUAGAGUCAAGGUGAUGCUGACGGUUAACAAGUGUCUAGAGGCUUUCUGGCUCGGCAACCUGAAAAACAGGGACCUCAAGGGCGAGGAGAUACUGUCCCAGGCAUCAGUUGUGGAGGAGAGAAAUGACGACGAGAGCGAUGAAGAGGAAGAGGAAACUGUCCCGGAGGAGGAAAGUGAUGUGGAAAUGGAUAACCAAAGUGAGGCUGGCAGUGACCAAACCAAGGAAAACAGUGAUAACGAGUCUUGUAGCGAAAUAUUUUAAAGGGCAGACAACUCUGGGGAAAAAUAAAAGAACAAGGAAGGAAUAAGAAAAAAUAUUUGAACCACUACAAAAACGUGGAAUGAUUGAUAAACAUGUGACAAUUGGACAAGACUGGUGUGUCUUAGUGUCAAGUUGAGGACUGUGAUCAGACAAGAAUGAUUUGUGGAGGACAAAUUCAAGUAUAAUGAGAUGAUGUGUAAUCUGUUUGAGUUCAGUUUACAAGAGUGCAUUUUAUUUCUUGUCUUCAUGUCAUUCGACAGUAUUUAAAUGUUCCACUUGUGACUGGGUGAAUAUCACAGAAUUUGGACUUAACUGGUACACAGGACUGAAAUUAUACAGUACACAGGAAUGAAAUAAUACAGUACACAGGACUGAAAUUAUACAGUACACAGGAAUGAAAUAAUUCAAUACACAGGACUGAAAUAGUACAGCACACAGGACUGAAAUUAUACAGUACACAGGACUGAAAUUAUACAGUACACAGGACUGAAAUAGUACAGCACACAGGACUGAAAUUAUACAGUACACAGGAAUGAAAUAAUACAGUACACAGGACUGAAAUUAUACAGUACACAGGAAUGAAAUAAUACAGUACACAGGACUGAAAUAAUACAGUACACAGGACUGAAAUAAUACAGUUCACAGGACUGAAAUAAUACAGUACACAGGACCGAAAUAAUACAGUACACAGGACUGAAAUUAUACAGUACACAGGAAUGAAAUAAUACAGUACACAGGACUGAAAUAAUACAGUACACAGGACUGAAAUAAUACAGUUCACAGGACUGAAAUUAUACAGUACACAGGACUGAAAUAAUUCAAUACACAGGACUGAAAUUAUACAGUACACAGGACUGAAAUUAUACAGUACACAGGACUGAAAUUAUACAGUACACAGGACUGAAAUUGUACAGUACACAGGACUGAAAUAAUUCAAUACACAGGACUGAAAUAAUACAGUACACAGGACUGAAAUAAUACAGUACACAGGACUGAAAUAGUACAGUACAAGUGAUUCUAUGAAGUGCAGUGCAAUUUGUGUUGUAUUCUCAUCUUAGCAUCACUAACUGUACCUUAUUUUACGUUCUAAUAGAAAUGUACCUACCCUGUAUUGUGUCCUUGGUAGAUCCUUCAAGCUGUCUUAUACAACCAAGUAUUUCAAUUGAAGAUAGUGUACAAAAUUUCCUGUAGAACUGAAGAAGUGAUGUACAGCCUUCUGCAGUGAAAACUUACUAAUCACGCAGGAGAUGUGCUAACAUAAAGCUAAUAUCAGGAUAAAUCGGGGAGUUUUUCAUAUCAUGACUUAUCAUGAAUUUCUACGCACAUUUAGAUUAUUUAUUUAAAUCUGGAACAAGGGUAUAUUGCGUUGUUGUUAGGAAUGUAUGAUAAGGAAACAGGGUGUAUAACACUUUAAAAUGAAAAUGUCACCACUUACAUACUGUUUUUGUUGGUAUAUAAAAUAAUAGUGCUAAUUUUUAUUUGACUGUUCUGGGCUUUUUCUGGGGGCUUUUUGGGGCCGUUAAUGGGCCCCAUUCCCAACUGAAAUUACUUCAUUUUAAAGCAGAAAUCCCGAAAUUUUCUGGUUACUCCUGAAAAAUCUUUCCCAAUUCACCAAUGUUCUUCCCAAAAAGAGACAAAAAGACCCCCAUCCCAACCCAUUGAGAAAAAAGCCCUGCUGCUAUCACCAUGUCAAAAUUGACAUUAUUGUUUAGAAUAGGUGCUUCCUUAUGAAAUAUUUGUAUGUCAGACAGAACAGGCGAUGGCCUCACCUUAUACGGUAGUCAGUCUUAGCACAAAGACGUUUUAUAUCGCUAUCCAUAAUAAUGUGUUACUUUUGGGCUCCUUUCAUCCUCACAUGUAAAUUCCUACUUAUACACAUAUAUGUAUUUGUUAUAUCCUUUGUUUUGUUAAGAUUUUAUCAGGAUUUUGGAGUAGAAAAUUCAUUUACUGUAAUUUAUGCAAAAAAAUCCUUGAAUUUUCUCUAUUCCACAUUUACUGUGAUUGGUUUACAGAUUUGAGAAGUUUUCAGUUUGAUCUGACCGAUGUUUUCUGAUUAUGCAUGGUGAUUACAUAUGUAAAUGUAUUCACAUGUUUAUAUUGUUAAAAUAAACAUGUUAAGUAUUA